UCCGUUGCUACCCUUCACAAAAUGAUCUGUAUAUUUAAAAAAUUUUGUAAAAAAUGAAAUGAAUAAACUAAGAUGUAAAAAUCCUAAAAAAUGAAACAACAGGUGCAAUCUUUUUAAAAAAUGUGACAUACCUUACUUUGGUUUUGCAAAAUGCCUUUUUAUAUAUAUAAGUAGUGUAGUAAAUUUCAGUUAGGUCUAAAAACUUAAAACUAAUCUUCCGCUGAUAAUCAGGAGAAUUCCCAAUUCUUGUCGGAAAAACAAAGAAGUUGGUCACCGGAAAAUACACACAAGUACAGUUUCUUUUUCUUGAAAAUACUUAUAUAAAGCUAUUUGUAUUUCUGUGAUUACUUUUUUUUUUUUUUUAAUAAUGAUAGUGUCCGGGUCUGCUUUCGUGCAUCGAUAGUAAGUACAAGGUAGAAUUACGUGGUGUUUUGGUCAUUUUAGUUUUUUUAAUAAUCGUGGUGUUGGUGGCAGUUUUUUGUGUGACUAAAAUCCACAAGAUUUCUGCCACCCCACCCUCAAUAACUCUAUUCAUCGAGACUAGAAACUCACCCCACCCUCAAUAACUCUAUUCAUCGAGACUAGAAACUCUAGUCCAUUGAGGCUUGGACGAUGAGAAGAUGGGAAGAAUUACCUGGUGUAUUUUGUCAUUUAGUUUUUUAAUAAUCGUGGUGCUUGGGCAACUUUUGUGCACGUUCACUAAAAUCCAACGACAUACCUGCUACCCCUACAGGCAAUAAAUAUCAGAGUUAAAACAUAUUGCUACAUGUCAUCCAAUGGGGAUCUUGUGGAGAUUGACUGUCCUGCUGCAUAUAAUGGAAAUACACCUAUUACCAAUAAACUUGGACUUCACCUUUAUCCUGUUUCUGUCAGUGAUUCAGGUGAAGGUUUACCAUAUGCUCCUGAAAAUUGGCCGAACCCAGGUGAUAAAUGGCGCUGGAAGGUUGGGAAAAGAAUUGCAUCUGCUGGUUACUUUCUUGAUAGAUAUCUGUACCCUCCAAAACAUCUCCGUAGAAAGCAAAGUUUCGCAAGUAAGUCUUCAUUUGAAAAAUUUGUCCGGUCGGAGUUUCCGAACGUGGAUAUCAAUGAAUUCUUUGCCUCAUUCAGUUGGAAGAUUCCCUCAAAACUAUUAAAAGGUGACUGGUUUGCUGACGUCACAUCUUCAGGCAUGAAAUCUGAUUCUCAUGGAAUCAUUAGUUGUGACGUGAAAUCUGAUUCUCAUGGAAUCAUUAGUUGUGUGGCUGGUAACAACAUGUGCGCGAGUUCAGUAGCAGGGAAUCCGAGUCCAGAGACCAUGAUUUGUGAUAUUUGUUGCAGUGAACCUGGUUUUUGCCGAGAUUGUUGUUGUAUUCUUUGUUCUAAAACUGUUUCUUCUACUUAUGGAGGGUAUAGUUACAUUAGGUGUGAAGCAACAGUUACUGAUGGUUACAUUUGUGGACACAUAUCCCAUAUAGACUGCGCUCUGCGAUGUUAUUUGGCUGGGGCAGUUGGAGGAAGCAUCGGUUUGGAUGCAGAGUUUCUUUGUCGGCGCUGUGAUUCAAGAACUGAUUUGGUCUCACAUGUCACGAAGCUUCUGAACAUUUGUGGGUCUGUUGAUUCUCGUGAUGACAUUGAGAAGAUUUUGAAUGUUGGUUUUUGCAUUCUACGUGGUUCACGGAGAACAAAUGCAAAACAGUUGUUUCGUCGCAUUAAAUCGGCUUUGGCAAAGCUUCAUAAGGCAGCCUGCAUUGGAGAUGUGUUCAAAGAAGAAACAUUCAUGGACUCCAAUGGAGGAACACAGGAUCAUGACAUUGUCACAUAUGUGUGUACAAAUCAUGGAGAUUUAACUAUUUGCGGAAGAUCUUCAACGUCAAAUCAUGGAGAUUUAACUAUUCGCGGAAGAUCUUCAACGCCAAAGUUAGCUUCAAAUUUUGACUAUCGAAUUGAAUCCCUUAAGCCACCACCAAAGUUGGCUUCAAACUUUGACCAUCGAAUUGAAUCCCUUAAGCUUGAGGAAGAGAUUGAUCAAACUCUGCAGGCAUUGAGGAAGUCUCAAGAAUUUGAGUACAGACUUGCUGAGGAAAGACUUUUUGCUCAAAAGAACUGCGUCAUGAAUCUAUACGAGCAGCUUGACUUGGAAAGAUCUGAUCUCUUAAGACGUACAUCGAUGGUUGAAACAGAUACCUUACUUGAUGUUGUGCUAAAUAGAGUAGAGCAAGUAAAGCGAGAAGUGCUGAAACUCAAGGACAUGAAACAGGUACAAAAUGGAUUUGGAAGCACUUCUAAGCAGAUACUCAAGGACUACUUUGGUCUAGCCACAGAAUCUUCUUAAAGCAAAGGUCUGCACAUUGGAUCUACAACAAUUACAUGUUGGCAAUCUUAUGCCAAUAUUUUGUUCCGAUUGUAGAGUAUGUUGUUGUUACAUUGCAGUAAGUUCAUAUGUGAACAUUCUCAUGAUAUCGAACUUAUGUAGAAUUUUCAGAAGUUGAGUGGAAUAGAGUUUUUCUCUUUUGAGAAACAAUGUUCUUUCUGCUCCAACUUCCCAUAUGAAAAGGGGAGCAUUACCUGAGUAUGUAUCAACUCUAUUGAAACAUUCCCUGUGUUGUCGUCGUGUUAUUUGGCAUAUGUAAGCGAGACAAUGUGCUUCAGUUAUUGCAUUAUUUUGCGUUUUAGCAACACUAA